GCACUGUCUCACUGUCCUCAGGGCUGGCAAGCUGCUCCGCAAAGUCGCGGAGGGAAAGGAGGCGGAGCGCCAGCAAAGUGGUCAGGGCUCAACGUUGAGGCUGUGUUGGGCGAGGUGUGUGCUCUGGGAUCCUGGGUCCCGGAGCCCUGUGCCUUACGUGGAGCGGCCAGUGUACCGGGAGGCAAGCUGACGCUCGAGAAAGAGAAGUCAAAUUGCAGCCUUCCCAAAGACGCUGAGUUACGCAGGCCAGUCAGUUCCCGGAGAGCCUUCUCGAGAGCGCAGAGAGCUGAGCUGCAGAGCUGUCUGGGGGCCAGCCGGGAGUAGGGCAGCAGCCCCUGUGCACCUGGUCCGGUCCGAAGUGCCCCUCAGCACAGAGAGCGGGCGUGAAAGACUCCAUCGGGCCGCCCGCAGCACGCGCCUGACUUGGGCGCCCCUUCCGUCCUAUUCCGGGAGUGAUGCCCCCCACCCCUUACGUCCCUGGAGAACGCCUCGAGCAUGGAGAAGUCGAGUAGCGAGGAUUCUUCGAUCCACCGGAGUCCAUCUUUGGACAGCAAGGACUCAGACUUUGCCAAACCGUCCACCUCGGGCCGCUCGUUCGGCCGCGGCUUCACAGCCGGCGCCUUCUAUGGCACCACAGGCUCCCGGGGCCAGAGCAGUGCUGAAGCUGGCGUUAAGACCGACAAGUACAAUGCCCCCAAAGGCAGCAAGUAUGUGGUGUUUUACCUGGACCUGUCCUUUGUUUUCCUCCUAGAAUUUAAAAAGUGCAACAUGGCCAGGGGCUGCCUCUGCUGCUUGAAGUACAUGAUGUUCCUCUUCAAUUUGAUAUUCUGGCUCUGUGGCUGUGGGCUGCUUGGAGUGGGCAUUUGGCUCUCCGUAUCCCAAGGCAACUUUGCCACCUUCUCGCCCAGCUUUCCUUCACUGUCUGCAGCCAACCUAGUCAUCGCCAUAGGCACCAUUGUCAUGGUGACAGGCUUCCUUGGCUGCCUGGGGGCCAUCAAGGAAAACAAGUGCCUCCUCCUCAGUUUUUUCAUCGUCCUGUUGAUCAUCCUCCUAGCAGAGCUGAUCUUACUUAUCCUCUUCUUUGUCUACAUGGACAAGGUAAACGAGAAUGCCAAAAAGGACCUGAAAGAAGGCCUGCUGCUGUACAACACUGAGAACAAUGUGGGGCUGAAGAAUGCCUGGAACAUCAUCCAGGCCGAGAUGCGCUGCUGCGGCGUCACCGACUACACGGACUGGUACCCAGUGCUGGGCGAGAACACAGUCCCCGACCGCUGCUGCAUGGAGAACUCCCAGGGCUGUGGGCGCAACAGCACCACCCCAUUGUGGAAAACGGGCUGCUAUGAAAAGGUGAAGAUGUGGUUUGAUGACAACAAGCACGUGCUUGGCACGGUGGGGAUGUGCAUCCUGGUCAUGCAGAUUCUGGGCAUGGCCUUCUCCAUGACCCUCUUCCAGCACAUCCACCGGACUGGUAAAAAGUACGAUGCCUAAGUGCCGGCAGGAGGCCCUGGCCCCAUGCGGACGCUAUGCCAGGGAAGGAGAUUUGAGCUUUGUGUUGCCUGCCCGCACUCUAGACUGCUGACUGCUGCCCCCGCCUCCCUCAGCCGCCCUCCCCACCCACCCUGCCUCAGCCUUCUUGGGCUGGCGGGCCAGGAAGGAGGAGGCACAGAGACCUUGGAGUGCUGGGGGUGCCUGGAUCCCUACGUCUGUGUAUUUGCCAAAGAAGACAGGGUGGGCCAGGGGACAUGCUCGAGGAGGCCCCCGCACUGAUGUGUGUCCACCGCCCUUCCUCACACUGACACUGCGCCCGAGUCGGGUGCAGAAGGCUCCGUCCUGGUGGAGAGACUGCCCGGCAGAGGCCUCCCCGUGGGGCGGGGGGGGGGCCGCCUCCGGCCAAGGUCCCAGGGAGCAUCUUGCCCAGGCUUUUUAUACCUUACAGUGUAACUUUUUAAUUUUAUUUUACUCUGAUUAUGAUUAUUCAGGAAUAUUAUCUCAGAUAAGUUUAGGGUUAGAUUUCUGAUUUAUAACUUUUUACUGCAUUGAUUUCUGUAACAAUUUGAUUUUUUUUGUUCCUUGAGGGUGGGAGAUGGGUGGGAGAGAGCGUGUUGUCGUCUGGCUCAGUCAGGACAAACCGCUGUGCAGCGCUCAGGAGGUGCCGGGGCGAGAUGCUCUCAGAACACACCGAGAGGAGGGCCCGUCGGGACUGCGCCCUGGCCCAGUGGCGUCUGGGGCACGUGAGCCUGGAAGAGGAGGUGAAGUGGAGGAGCGGGAAGCAGCGUGGAGGAGCGUCCUGCACAGGAGUGAUGUGUCUGUGAAUGCGGGUGCAGGAGGCCAGAGCAGAGGGGGCUCUUGGGGGCUGGCGAGGUGCUUUGCCAGGAAUAUGGCUGGAGCAGUCGUGGGUGGUUCUUCAUUGACGAGCAGUUGUUCUUUUCCCUUCUUUACUCCUGCCCUCUGUGGGCAUGGAGGCUUCCCCUUCUCCCCGCCGCAGGUUCUGCAGACCCAGUGAUUUCACAGACAUUCCUGCUAGAAUCUCUCAGACACAUACCUCCAGUUCAGCUGCUGCUCACUUUCUCACACUGCUUCUGGAAGGGGAAGCUGUCCUGAAGGUUUGCUGCUCAAACAGUGGCAGAGGACCCAUGCCAGUCAGGAGGGGCAGGUGGGCAUGGUGUCCAUGAUCAUUCCAGCUGAAGUCACUGAGCUGCAGAUUCCCUGCUAGGAAGGAGGGAGAAAGGUCCAUCCAGAUCCCAGGACCCUCAUCUCCUUUCUCAGGGUUCACUGAUGGAGGGGCAGGUGGCAGUCACAUCCUCUGUGACCCCAAAGAAAAGUACAGGAAACUGAGAGAGGUCAGACUGGAUCCUGUAAGGUCGCCCCAGGACAGAAGCAGCCUGAGACCAGGCCUGGGAGGUGAGCAGGCGGGUGGGACGUUAGACUGCAGCAGUGUCCCACCCAGACUCAUGCUGCUCCAAGUGAGCAUUUUGCGCUUAAGGAAAGAGUCAAGAAUCUAUAGGACAAAGCUUAAAAAUCUUCCCCACUAGCUAGGUAGGACCCAGUGCACUUCCGCUGGUGGGGCCUCCGGGUGGCUGCCUUUUCCUCCACCACUUGGCUCCACACCCAGUUUUCCCAGGAGAGACCAGGCCUUCGUCUCCUCUCUGGCCUCUACCUGUCUGCUGUAAGAGCUGAGACCUGGCCACCCUGCCAGCAGCUCCUCCACGAAGCUUAAGUGCAGUGCCGUCAGGACCGGGAGUGCAGAACUUUCAGUGAGCUCAGGAUGCAUGGUUUUGGUAGGGGGAGCGGAGUAGUCUCAGUGAGUUGGGCAGUAAAGCCAUCCUCCUGAGCCUGGAGCACUGGUGCAGGUGGGAAUGCUGGGAAGGUAGGGCCUAGGUGGAGGAUGGACAAGCACACGUGGGACAAAACUGCCUCUGGGUCCUCUGGCCUGCCUUCUCGGUGAGGAACUUCAGCCUCCUUCCCAGGUGCCCCAACCUACAGAGCCCAGAGAGACACUCAGCAAACACGCAUUCAAGUCGCACAGUGAGACCUGGUACAUAAUGAGUUUAUGCUGGGGGUGGGUGGGGUGGGUUUGUUUAUGCUUAUCAAUGCAAUUUUUAAUUUUUGUUAAGAUCAACAGCAAAAGCCUAGCCCCGUGGGGGCUGUGUAGCCUCCCUGGCAAUCUCAUUUCCAGGGACUCAGGGGCAUCCUCUGGCCCUGAAAACCUUGCCACAAACCCCCUUCCUGCUGCAAGCCCCCCAUUUCAUCCAUCUGUUCCCAGAGCCUUGUCCACAGUUUCCAAACCCCCUGUUCCCCUCACCCUGUGCUUGGUUGUCUCCUCAUGCAGCCAAGGCUGCCCCGGGUGGGAGGCGCCGUGCCUGGGCCCGGGUGCUCUUACAAUCCCUUGUCUGGCUCACACUGCACAAAAAGCCUCCACCAUGGCUUCAUCAUGAAAGUCAGAGUUAGUUUAAUCAGGUCUGCUGCAGGUGGUUUACAGAAGGCUCAGAAGGUCACGAUCCUGUAGACAACUUUAAGGGAAUGCCUGCCGUGGCCUUUCCCUGCAGCACACUUGCUGCGGCAGGUGUUGGCAGGAGUCUCUGCCCGCAGUCCCAGCACUGCCAGCCCUCUCCCUGCCGGCCUGGGCCUGCGCCUUGGGCUCUCACUCUGGAAAGGGUGCUGAGCACACCCAGAUGCUCACAUGGAUGUUCUAGUCUGACUUGGAACUAGGUGGCCAUCCCUCCUUGUUUUAGUGGCCAAAAAAGCAGUCGGAUGGAUGGAAAUGACUGUCCCGGCUCUCUGGCCCCCUGCCCACCCACUGGUGGAGGUGCUAACUAGCAGGGAUCUGGCAUAGGAUGGGAGCCGGGGCCCGGUGCACGGGGUCUGCUCUUUGUCCUUGGGCCCUUCAGAGUCCACCUGCUCAUGUUCCCAUUCUCGCAUUUCCCUCCACAUCCCACGGUGCAGCAGCAGUCCCGGGUGGGGCCUGGCCUUCCUGCCCAACUGGGGGUGAGGGUGAGUCUGGGGCAUGAGCCCCACCCUGGCUGGCACUGGAGCAGCUCGGGAGGGCGGGGAAGCACGCCUGUUGGUUUCAAAUGCACUUUUCUGCUUGUGAUUCCGUAUCUGCGUUUCCUUCAUCCUGGUCCUGGCUUUAUUGAACACCAUGUUUUUAGCAUGUUUUUAAAUAAAAACUGAUAAUGUGUCAAAAGCACAA